AUGAAUUUCAAAAAACGUAUAAAACAAGAUCAUGCUGGACUACCAUUUGACAAAGUCAAUCUGCACGACGAGGAUCCACCUUAUCUUUCAUCCGAAGAGCGAGUUGUCCUUCGCACAAAGUCCCAAACAAUCCAAGCGCUAGAAAAUUCAUUCAAGUCCACCAACAAGUCUUGGAAUCUUUGGAGGACACAAUAUCUUAGUGCGCUUCGAGAAAAACAUAAAUCACAAGUUGGUCAUAACAAGUCUAUAUCGCACCCGCAAAAGAACGACUGCGUUCUAAUCACAGACCCCGUACAGCCACGACAUUCCUGGAGGAUGGGACGCAUUACGGAGCUGUUGAAGAGUAAAGGCGGACAAGAAAGAGAAGCAGUCGUAAUCUUACCAUCUCGAAAACACAUACGAAGACCAGUAAACCUUUUGGUGCCUCUCGAGUUAGAAGACAGAACUGUGAACAAGACGAAUGAAAACGACUCCGAAGAACCAUGCAAACGCCGCACAUUGGGAUUUGAAGACACUCCCGAUUAUGGACAUCUUCGCCAGCUUUUUCGAAACCUCUUUCAUCGACAGGGUCUCCGCUACGACUACCUCUUUGAUUGGAAUCUGCUGAAGUUUGUCAACGGCGAAGCGCCUUCAACAAUCGGCAGCACCUCCUAUGGGAAGGGCGGAGUGAAGAAGUCUUAUCCAGUAUUGCGAUCGGCUCAAACAUCAAUGCAGAAUCGGGCGGCUAAUACCGCUCUUGAUGGAGCUCCAGUGAAGUAA